AUGAGUGGCCGAGUAGGAAAAGGGAAGGGGAGUGGGAAAGAUGGGCUUACCACACUCGACUCCUCCCCUCUUCCCACCACCACGCCUCCCCUCUCCCUCCUCCAGGUUGACGCGAUGGUGUCAACAAGGCAAACGAUGGCAGCAGCAGCGCCGUCCCUACAGUCCUUCGCAUACUCCUACUCCUUCAUCUUCUUUGAAGGCUAUGCCGUGCUGCAGCACGCCCCCUUCUCGCUGUCGGUUGACGCGAUGGUGUCGACGAGGCAGACAGUGUCAGCAGCAGCGCCGUCUCUACAGUCCUUCGCCUACUCCUACUUCUUCAUCUUCUUUGAAGGCUAUGCCGUGCUGCAGCACGACACUGUGCUCGCUGUCGGUAUUGCCGGCGCCGUGGUGUUUGUCAUCAUGCUGCUCGUGCUCGCUGACCUUGCAUGCAGCAUCCUGGUAGCGGCAAUGGUGGCAUUCAUAGGGUUAGAGCUCGUGGGGUUUCUGUACUGGUCGGGCAUGGGGUUCAACUCGGUCACCUCCAUCACAGUGCUGCUCUCUGUCGGCAUUGUUGUCGACUACUCCGCCUUCAUCGCCUUCUCCUUCCUCUCCCAGGUCGGCUCACGCAACGAGAGGGCACGCAAAUCCCUCGCCCAUCUGGGCGUUGCAGUGUUCAACGGGGGCUUCUUCAUGUUCCUAGCAGUGCUGCCCAUGAGCCUGGCGCAGUCCUUUGUCUUCCAGUCCUUCUUCAAGAUGUUUGCCAUGAUUGUCUCUCUCGGUCUCUGGCACGGCCUCUUCGCCCUCCCGGUCAUUCUCUCCCUCGUUGGUCCCCGCCCAUUUGACACCACUGUGGAGAGGUUGAAGGAACUGGAGGGAGGAGGAGGGAAGGGGGGUUUUGAGAAGGAGGUGUUUGGAAGGGGUGGAGAGGAGGUGGAGGGGGUGGAGAAGGGAGGGGAGGAGGGGAGGAUGGAGGAGGGGAGGGGGACGAGCAAGGUGGAGGAGGAAGGGUGUGAGAAGGGACGGUGCAGUGGGGUUGAGUGUUAUGAGGGUAGCAGCAGUGGCAGCUCAGUGGAAAAUGGUUGUGACAGUGACGGGUUGGUGGGUCUUGGAAUGGAUAGGGAAAGGAAUGAGAGUGGCAGCACGAGUGUGAGUGGGGGACGGUGUGGCAGUGAUGGGAGCAGUGAUGGUAGUGUUGAGUGCAGUACAGAACUGCAGCCUCCUGUGCCCCAGCAGUUUCACGUUUAA